UAUUAUAGUUAUAAUGCAGUUGGAUAAGGAUAUGCAAUAUAUACAAACAAAAAUAAUGGGCAGAGCAAAAUUUAAAUUUGACAGACGAAGACUAUUACAUUAUGGAAUCCAUAGUUGUGACCAGGCAACACUACGCGGGUUUUAUAACAUUAAUAAUAGAAGGAGAUAUAUAUAUAAUAUAGCUGUGUUUUAGAAAACUACCAGAACAUAACAUGUAUAGUAAAUUAGCAAAAUUGAAAAGUUUAAUGGGGUAAACACUUAAAGUAAACAAGAUAACAUAUAUAUGACUGAUUAAGCAAUUUAACAAAAAUAGAUCAGACGAUCAAAAUAAAAAAAUAGAUUAGAUGACAUACAGGAGGCCUGGUCGAGAACCGGGCCGCGGGGACGUUAAGCCCGGAAAUCAUCACAAGGUAACACUCAAUGAAGAAAAACAUACAUUUUUAAUCAAUAAAAUUUAUGAUACAGUACCAGUAAGACACAAACAACUUUUUUCAAUGAAGAAAUGUGAGUGAAAUUCGUUACAUAAUAUUAAAUAAACAUUUCUUAGUCUCUCUUUUGAGCUGGCUGGGAGACUUGCAGCUUUUAAUUACAUUUGUGAGAUCAUUUCAUAAUUUGAGACCCUUGAUACACCGCAUUUCUGCUUUGGUUUAGUCUCACUCCAGGAAUCUCAAAAGGAUGUGUUCCUCGUGUGGUGCUCAUGAGUUCUACUACAGCUCUAGCAAACAUAUAUAUCCUCAGUUUAUUAUGUCAGGAUUGGCAUUGAUGUUCAUAGUUUUAAAGAUACAGAAUACACUUGGGAGUAUGUGCAGUGAUGUGAUGUUAAACAUGUUUAAAGAUCUCAGUAAGGCAGCAGAGUGGUGUCUGGUACUGAAGUUUGUUAUUGUAAUGGAUCUCUUCCGCCAUACACUCCAACUUUAGGUACAGAAGGAGUGUUGAUAUAUAUACACUAACGUGAUAUAUAAAUGCGAUAAUAAAUUGGAGCAAUGAGGGGAUUUAAACCCUCAACCUAUACCAGAACGCAUGGGGGCAACCUGUCCUUAGGGAGGAGGUGCCCUGGAGGUGAUUAGUACAAAACUACUAUGUAAUUAAUGCUAUUGUUUACUCCCCUAGCCAUGGUUAGGAUAGGUUAAGUUAGGUUAUGCAUGGUUAUGUUAAUAUGGUGUAUUAUUCUCAAACGUGAAAUAUGAAAUUCGAAAACUAGUUGAGUAUUCACUAGGACUUCAUUUAGUUAGUUUUGAAUCAAAUUAAAAAAUAUAUAUUAUAUGUAAUGUAACGGAACGCUGUAUCAAUUCAUAAUAAACAAAUAUUUGAUAAAAUAUAAUAGUUGAACAAAAUAUAAUAUAAUAAACUGUUAACAGAUGGCGCUGGUGUGAUGGUAUCUGGCAAUGUUUGUCCCAAGUACACGUCUCAGUUAUUCAUGGACAGGUUUCUUGUCUUUCCUCUUGGGCCUUGAUCGUUUUGUGAGGAAAACAAGCGGCUGUUAGUGAGCCAGUGGCGAGUCUGGUGACAGAGUGAGUUAGUGGUGACGGUGUAAACCAGUAUAUGAUGGCGGCGAUGGUGUUUGUGUGGGCGGUGGCGGUGUGGGCUGCUGCAGCGGCCGACCUCUCGCCGUACAAGUACUCGUGUCUUCACUACUGCCAGUCACAACAGUAUGGUAAUACUCAACAUUAUUGCUGCCGAGCUGCCCAAGUUAUUUUAGACAGUGUGCACCUAAGUGACUUCUCGCCUACUACCUCUGCUGAUGCCUCCCACGUCCCUAAUUUCCCUGUAAAUACUUACACUCCAAUAUUUAUUGACGUGGAAAGUAGUGUAGAUGCUGUGGGAACAGUCACUACUUCACCGCUGCUGUUCAACCUGCAUCCACUCGGCUUGGGGCCACCCGUCGGCUUGGGGCCACCCGUCGCCAGCACAAUAGUUGGAGCCUUCUCCGCCACUACGGUUGCCACUACCACGGCCCCCGUAACUCCAAUCACCACGGAAGAUACGUGGAGCCAAGAGCGCGGGCAGUGUCCUCCUGCACGUAAUUAUUGUCCUAGAGUACAAACAUCGGCCCAUCUGGCACUGUGCAGCACGGACUCUGACUGCGCCGUGUCUGAUAAGUGCUGUGAUGAUGCCUGCCUCAUGGCUAGGGUAUGCAAAACUGCUGUUGCACCCAGACACCGUAGGAAUACUGUUCGGUAUAAUCCAAAUGGCGCUAGAAAUAGUGGGUCAGGUGCAGCGAUACCAGUGAUACUGACGCGUGACGAGGAGCCAGUCAGUGUUGUGGUGAACAGUAGAGGCGACCCCGUGGCGGUGAGGGCAGGAGACGUGGUCACUGUGGCCGCCUCGCCCCCGUCACCACACUUGCUCGCUCCUGGUGCUAAUGUAACUAGUUCCUCAACUUUACACAAGACUCAAACAAAUGUGCAGUUAUCUGAAAAGGAUCAAAUUUACAUUAUAGAGGACGAAAAUGGUGAUUUGGUGGUAGAUUCCAUUGACAAUACUUUAACACUGGUGCAGGCUGGUGGCGGUCCCACUCUAGUUUUUAACGAUGAAGGGAUUAAAGUGGUGGCUGGCAUUGUAUCUGCCACAGAAUGGUCGUUCGUGGGUACAGUAAAGCAUUCGGUAAUUCCAAACUUGACUAUGCAUGCCGAGAAACUUUAUAACAAAACAUGGAAUGGUUCUGAGCAAGUUUCUGCUCGUAGCAGUUCAAUAGGUGAUAAGUUGCAAGGACAAAACAAAAAUAUUACGAGGACUGACGCCUUGAGAGUAUUGAACCAUGAUGGUGUGAUGUUUGUGAUGAGCUUCUCCUCGGUACCUGGAGAGGCACUUGGCACCGGCAAGAAUGCCUCCAUCUCCAUUGUAGCUUCAGAUAAAGUAACUGCAAAUGCCAUAAUUGACAAAGAUGGCAACCUGAUUACGGACAAAAAUGGAAUAAUUAAAGUUAAAAACAUAAACUUCAGGUCUCGAAAUAGUCAAAAAGUGUUGGAGGACAUGGUUAUCGUAGAUGGAAAAGGUAACACAAUCACUUUGGUGGACCAGAUGGGCAGAGUGGUAAACUUAACGGAUUACAACGGCAAUGACGUGAAACUGGCAGUUGGAAAGAUUACGUUUAAACUGCAGAAUUCUACUGGAGUGUCAGUUAAGCAAACUGUAAAUGGAUUGUUUGUAGUGGAUAAAACGGGUCAUGUUAUUGGAGACGAGAAUGGAAUUCCUCUCAGGGUUGUCUUACUAGAUGAACACCAGCCAAGUGAAGAACACUUAGAUAAUAUGGCAAAAAACAUGAAAAAGCUAGAGUUGAAAGGCUCCAUGAAAUUGGAAGAGGAAAGUGACUCGCUAGAGACGAGGAGAGCUGCAGCAGCACCAGUCUACCGUACGCGGCGGGAAGAUACCCAAAAUGUAAGGAAUCUAGAGACUCGUGAAGAUGUAAAGAGUGGCGAUUUAUACAAUGAUCCAGAGGUAGAGAAUAAGGGGCAGAGCUCUAGUAAUAUGGAUGGAGUCUUGGAGAAAUCUGAAAUUGCUUUUAACAUGAGAGAACUAUAUGAUAAAAAUAAUUUUAAACACUUUGUAAAAGACGAGGAUGGGAGUUGUGGGCUAGACGGCUAUCACCCAGAGGUGGGUGAAUGUGCUGAUUAUUCUGGAGAGGAAGAGAUUAUAGAACAAAAAAAGUUAGAAGUUGAAAGAUACGAGCAUUAUGAUAAAAAUUUGGAUCCAUAUUCAGGAUUUCACCAAGUAUGGAAAGAAGAUUCACAGAGUGAAGAGAUUGUGAAUAAAUAUACCGAGGAUAUAGGUCAGAGUUUAUCCUCUGACGGUGACAAUACCUACGAUGUGCACACCAUAAAGUCUAAGGAACUGAUGGGAGGUUCUGAAGACAAACAUGUGCACGAGUCUGAGUAUAAUACAGGUCCACCAUCAAUGGUAUACCAUGGCAGACGCUUGUUGUCAGUGGUACCACUCGGAAAUAAUCCUCCACGUGCAAGUGACCAGUCACUGGAGGCUGAAGACGAAGAUCUGGUACAACUAACGAGUGAGCAAGCGAGUAAUGACCGAGAUUGCAUGCAUCAACGACCCAAAGAAGCAACAAUGCCGUAUGUAAUUGCAGUAGAGCGGAAAGAAGAGUUUUCAACUCGUUCGAAAUACGAGAGCGAAACCCAGCAACAAACAAUCCAUUCACAGUAUGGCUACGAAUUUGUACAAUCUAAUUAUCGGAAGCGGCGACAGACGGCUGACAUGGUUGCUGAAGAUGUUAACACGCACGAUGGGGCUGAAGAGGAUGUAACUAGUAAUGGUUCUAGUAAAAGUUCCCAAAUGCAGAGAAGUGUGUUUCUACAAGCACUUUUACCUAAUCACAAUGAGAGCAAUAAUGGGUCCCAACUGAAGGUUAAUGAAAAUAAUUCGAGUAUGGAUAACUUGCAAAAUAUACGAGGACAAUCGGAUGACAAAGAGGCACCAACACUACUUCCUCCAGAAUAUCGUAGGAGACGAUACGUCCUUCCAGUGGAACAAAUGCGAACAAAGUUUAUGCGUGACGAGGAUUUGAACAAUGCUGGAAACUUCCAGUUAUUGACUACGUUAAUGAAAAUGUUUGAUAACACUGUCAAAAGGGACGACGAGAAACCUAAAAGAAAAGCCAGUUAUAACAACUGGCAGCAGCAGGGCGAGGACACUGUGGCGCCUGGUGGCCAGCCCGGGAGGCUCCCACUACCUCUACAACUUAGGGAUAUUGGCUUACAGAUCUUGAAAAUGGUGGACAAAGUUGAAAAUUUGAACUAUGAUUCGUUAAAUGUUGCAAGUAAAAAGAGUAACGUUGCCGAUUACGGAGGACCACUCGUCCAUCUCGUGGAAGAAUUCCUCAGACAAAUUACCUUAAUUAUCGAAAGGAUGGGCUCAAAGUUCCGAGAAAUGGAGGAUAGUGAAGGACUAACAUCUAUAGCCGCAAUAGUGAUGACGGCCAUUAUGGAGGUCCUGGGAACAGCCCAGGAGAUUGCAACUGAAGCCGAGCGCUUGUCCACGGCAACAAGCCACCACACUUCACAUAUAAAUUAUUUGUAAUCCUACCUUUUAUAAAUUUGUAUUUACACAUAAUUUUAAUAAAUGUUAAUCAGUU